UGUAUUCUUUCGCCAACUCGUUUCUUGUUUUCAAAGUUGUGUUUGAGUCUGUUCAAGACGAAGAUGAAGUGCAGGUAUGUAAAACCAGAAAGUCGUUAGCGUAUGAUUAAUUGGGUUAUAAUUAUUACAAACUUGGAAAACAUAUUUAUUUGAUAUUUCUAAAAACAACUUCCAUAUAAAAAUUUCCGCAUAAAAUGUACCGUUUAUCAGUUUAAAAAACGUGCUAACAAAAACCAAGAUAAAUUUUGUAUCUUAAUCAAGUUAGAACGUAUACCCACCAAUGUUUGAUCCGUCAAUUUCAUAUUGUAUUGCUGAUUAAGUUUGGUAUAAUUUGCCAUUCUAUUUGCUCUUAAGGCUAUGGUAACCACUGUACAUCUCUUUGCAUGUUUAAUCACUAAAUUCAUGAUUUUAUUUGCUGAUCUUGCGCAUAUUACUGUGUUGUAGUUGAUAUUUUAUUUGUAUUCAUUUGCUCUGUUUUGGAUCCAAGAGAAUUUAAUGUGUAUGUACUUUCUGUUUAGUUUCAGGUAGGAUAAUUGAAGUUGGAUGAUCCUACACCUCCCUUUAAGUAUUUCAUUCACUCCCACAACAACUGAAUUAUUUGUUUGGUGGCUGGGUGUCCUUCUUCAACCGUGCAUAUUUUCAUUGUGCUAAAAAUGUUAUAUUUCCUCUUGAGUUAAAGUGGUCUCAAAUAUGAAAUACCUAAUAAUGUUUUCCCUUUCUAAUCCUAAAUAAAUUAAAUUCCUGAAUAUUUCUUUGAAAAUGUUUUUUUAGUACAUAUGAAGUAUACUGUAUACCACAUAUGCUUCAGUAUGUAUAUGUGUAAAGCGGCAUAUUAAUUGGAUAUGAAGUGUAUGGCGUAAAAUCGGGUUAGAUUAUAAUUGUAAAUUUCAGUUCAAUUUGCAGGUUUAAGCUGGUUAUCCUUAGAUUGAGAGUUUUUAAUCAGUUCCAUGAAUAUAGAAAUUAUUGCUGUUUUUUCCCGGUUGUAAUAAAUCCACAGACAAGGUUAUCUGAACCUUGCAUGAACAUACUCUUUAAUACUAUCUCCAUUUUAAAUACAUAGUAUUGUUUACUUUUAAACAUAUAUGUCCAUUCGUCUUAUUUAAAACAAAUAUGCUAAUAUGCAAAAAUAUAAACUGUAUUUAAAGUAACUUUAAUAAUAAAAUAAAUGAUGUUAGCAUAUUUUCUAAAUAACAUGAAUGAUCAAAUAUAUGUCUAAAAAUCAACGGCAUUAUAUACUAAAGAAAAUGGAGGGAGUAGGAAUCAGCGUAUCUGCUAAAAUUAAGUCGGAUACAACCUUAUAAUCUCAAUAUAACCUCGUAACCAUUUUUCCUCUUUGAGUGCCAGGCUAUCUAACAACACUAGCUCCAAAAGUUCUUGAUGUGGCAUGGUGGACAUGAAUUUGUAACUGCAUGCAGGAUUCCAGCUCAGAGAAUUGCAGGCUGUUGAUAUCUCAUCCCUGAUUUCUGGUGCCCGUUAUUGUAUCAUCUAGCACAUUUAGAGCUGAUGCUUUUGAUAAUUAAAUUAAGGAGAAAAAAAAGAGAGGAACUGAUGUUUUUUAUCCUAAUCUGAGGAGAAAAAUAAAUAACAGUUGCUUUUAAGUCACUAAUCUAAGGAGAAAAUAAAGAACUGAUCUAACCACUAAUCCAAGGAUGAAAAAAAUAACAGAGAUGAACUGAUCCUUUUGCCAAGAAACCCGGAAGAAAUGAUCCAGGAAUGAAAUAAUCUUCCCCAAACUUUCGUUGAGCAAUUUAUACUACGAAAUUUCUACCUAUAUAAAUAGGCGCAUUGCCCCUCUCCCAUUUCUCACCAGCUUCGAUCACAUUCCGAUCAAGCUGCAACAAUGGCGAACGGCGUGGCAGAGUACUUGCUGAUGGACCCGUGGCUUGUUCUAUGGCUCGUCCUGGCCUCCAUGGCGUUCGCAUUGCUGCACCUGCGGCGGCGCGCACGCCGUGGGGCGCCGCCGCUGCCGCCGGGUCCGCGGCCGCUGCCGAUCAUCGGAAACAUGCUCAUGAUGGACCAGCUGACGCACCGCGGGCUGGCGGCCAUGGCGGCCAGGUACGGCGGGUUGCUGCACCUCCGCCUCGGCCGCGUCCACAUGGUGGUGGUGUCGAGCCCGGAGCACGCGCGCGAGGUGCUCCAGGUCCAGGACGGCGACUUCUCCAACCGGCCGGCGAGCAUCGCCAUCGCCUACCUCACCUACGGCCGCGCCGACAUGGCCUUCUCCCACUACGGCCACUUCUGGCGACAGGUGCGCAAGCUCAGCGCCGUGCGGCUCUUCAGCCGGCGGCGCGCCCAGUCGUGGCGCGCCGUCCGCGACGAGUCGGCCAAGCUGGUCGGCGCCAUUGCCAGGAGAGCCGGCGAGGCCGUCGACCUCGGUGAGCUCAUCUUCGGGCUCACCAAGGACGUCAUCUUUCGCGCCGCCUUCGGCACGCGCGACGGCGGCGGCCACGGCGAGCUGGAGGUUCUCCUGCAGGAGUUCUCCAAGCUGUUCGGCGCGUUCAACGUCGGGGACUUCAUCCCCUGGCUCGCGUGGCUCGACCCGCACGGCAUCAACCGACGGCUCCGCGCGGCGCGCGCCGCCCUCGACAGCGUCAUCGACAGGAUCAUCGACGAGCACGUCAGCAACCCCGCCGGCGACGAGGACGCCGACAUGGUGGACGACAUGCUCGCGUUCCUCGACGAGGCCGGACGAGACCAAACCGGCGGCGGCGGCGAGCUGCAGGGCACGCUCCGGCUGACGCGCGACAACAUCAAGGCCAUCAUAAUGGACUUCGUCUUCGGCGGGACGGAGACGGUGGCGUCGGCGAUCGAGUGGGCGAUGGCGGAGUUGCUGCACAGCCCCGGCGAUCUCCGGCGGCUGCAGGCGGAGCUCGCCGACGUGGUGGGGCUCGGGCGCGGCGUGGAGGAGGGCGACCUGGAGAAGCUCCCCUUCCUCAGGUGCGUCGCCAUGGAGACGCUGCGUCUCCACCCGCCGAUCCCGCUGCUCCUCCACGAGGCGGCGGCGGACUGCGUCGUCGGCGGGUACUCCGUGCCGAGGGGCGCCCGCGUGGUGGUCAACGUGUGGAGCGUCGGCCGCGACGCCGGCGCGUGGAAGGGCGACGCCGGCGCGUUCCGGCCGGCGAGGUUCAUGGCGGGCGGCGAGGCGGCGGGGAUGGACCUCAGGGGCGGAUGCUUCGAGCUCCUGCCGUUCGGGUCGGGGCGGAGGGCGUGCCCCGCCAUCGUGCUCGGGAUGUACGAGCUGGAGCUCGUCGUCGCGCGCCUCGUCCACGCGUUCGGGUGGGCGCCGCCGGGCGGCGUGGCGCCGGAGGAGCUCGACAUGGCGGACGGCUUCGGCCUCACCGCGCCGCGCGCCGCGAGGCUCCGCGCCGUGCCGACGCCCCGGCUCACCUGCCCGAUGUGACGCGCGUUCUCGAUUUGGCGCGAGAGAUGCGCAACGCAGCUCGAAGUGUGACUGUGACAGUGUGAGCGUGUAAUCUGGUGUGGACAUCGUAUGCAUCAUGUGUGCUUAUGGAUAAUUAAAUAUAUAAAUAAUAUUUGGAUGUGGAUUUCGGCUGAAA